ACCAGCAUGCAAACAUAAUGGAGUCCCAAAGUCCUUCUCUUCCUAUCUCUUUCUUCACCCUCUUCUCUCUCUCCUGGUUAGGCCGCCUACUCCUCAUACUCUACGGCACGUGGCACGACUCCACACAAGAGCUACAAUACACUGAUAUAGACUAUUGGGUCUUUUCAGACGCGUCUCUACACGUUAAAGAAGGCGGCUCUCCUUAUGACAGAGAUACCUACAGGUACACGCCAUUACUAUCUUGGUUACUACUACCUAAUCAUAGCUUAUCCAUACACUAUGGGAAAGUGUUAUUUAUAACAUUAGACGUGUUAGUAGCUUGGUGUAUUGAGAGGGUUCUUGCUAUGGAAGGAGUGAGUGAUAGAAAGAGGUUCUUUUCCUGUUUGGUUUGGUUGAUUGAUCCUGUGACAGCUGUCGUUUCAAGUCGUGGUAAUGCCGAGUCUUUGCUAGCACUGAUAAUGUUAUCAAGUCUCUAUAUGUUUGUAAAAGGAAGGGUUUUGUUUUCAGGGGUCCUGUACGGUCUCGCCGUUCACUUUAAAUUUUACCCCAUCAUUCAUUGCCUUGUCUUUUAUCUGGCUGUUGAUCGGACCCCUUGGAGUAGGGCCCGGGACAUAUCCAAAGUUUCAAAUGUUUAUAGGACCCCUGGGGAAAAAUCUCAUAAAAGAGGAAAACGUUUUAAAAUCAACUCGUCUUUUAGUGAAAAGGACCUGAGACGAAAUAAAAUUUCAAAUGUGGCCAAGACCUCUAACUCGAGUCAAGUUUCAAGCAAUGACAAGACCUCUUGGUUGGGGGCCUGGAACAUUAACAAAUUUACAAUACACUGGGGGUCGCUACUAAGUGUAAAAAGGAUCCAAUUUAUUUUUGCAAGCUCAGGAACGUUUUUAAUUUUAGGAUUAUUAUUUUACAAAUUGUAUGGCUGGGAUUUCAUUGAAGAGACAUACCUAUAUCACGUAAAAAGGACAGACAUUAAACACAACUUCUCUCUUUAUUUCUAUAUGUUGUUCGUGACUCAAGGAACAUGGCUUGCUUCUUUGUUGAGUAAAAUAGCUUUCAUUCCUCAAGUCAUUCUCCUCCUUAUCUCCUCCUUGUGGAAUCAUAAAGAUGUAUCGUUCUGUCUGUUUGUACAAACAUUUGUGUUUGUUACUUUUAAUAAAGUGGUAACGUCACAGUAUUUCCUUUGGUAUUUGUGUUACCUUCCAUUAAUAACUCCUCAUUCAACAUUAACACUAACUGAAGGAGCAAUAAUGACAGUACUAUGGCUAUUGGCACAGGGAUCUUGGCUGUUUCCAGCAUACCUACUUGAAUACAAAGGGUAUGACACAUACCUGUUCAUUUGGCUAGGAAGCUGUAUAUUCUUUUCUAUUAAUGUUUGGAUACUAUUGAGAAUAAUAAGAGCCCAUAGGUCACCAGCACUGAGGAAGUAUGAGAAAUAAGGAAUCAUUGUAAUUGUUAUUUCAACUGCAACAAUUCUAUUUUUAUAUUCAAAAAACAAUUUAAAGAAGAUUGAUAGUCUAA